GAGGUUGAACCACUGCCAAUUCAAUCUCCAGAAGUUAUGCAGGAUGAGAAACCCUCUAUGACCCAGCAGGAGGAAACAGCUGAAAUUUUACAGGCCCCCGAAGAGGCUGCACCUUCUCCAAUCCAUCAGGAAGCCCAAGCUCACGCCUCAGUGUUCCCUACGGAGCAUGAGCCUUUGAAAGACCAGGAGGCAGACACAGCUCAGCAGCCAAAGCCCCCAGAAGAGGAUGAGCACUCCCCACUUCCAGGGGUCCCAGCUCAGCCUGAACAACUGAAGGAACCUUCACCAAGCCAGCAGGGGAUUUCCGUUCCACCUCUAGAGCGCCCCGUGAGUGCUUACCAAUUACCACUCCAACAGGGAAACACAAACCAGCCUUCAGAUAUCUUCCCAGAGAUGAGUGAUGCUAUUCCAAUGAAUAUGACAUUUUCACCUCAUAUUCCAGAAGAAAUACUCAGAACUCAGCAUUUAAGGAUGUCUAAAACCAAACCAAAACAUGUGGAUAUUGACCUUACCAGAACCCUAAAGCCCACUCCAGAAGUUUAUCCUUACUGGAGUCAGCAGGAAGGACCUGCCCAGCCUACAGUUCCCACCAAGCAAGUUGAAUUUUCUCCAACCCAGCUUGGGCCUCCUCUUGCCAAGCCUCCAGCACUGCCUGAAAAGAUGGAACUUUCUCCAGCUGAGCCUCUAGAGCCCCUCAAGAAUGCAGAACAAGCUCCAGUGCAAAAUGUAGCCCCAGCCAAGCCACAAGACUUCCCUGACACUCAAUCAUCUGUAACCCAGCAGGAGCUUCAAACUCAGCAACCAAACCUGACCAAAGUCACAGGUCAACCUUUGGAUGUGGAACUCACCAUAACUACACAACCUGGAAUGGAAGGCGGACUUUCUCCAAUCAUGCAGGAGGCCCCAGUUCAGCUUCCAGGGCCAUCUAAGGAAGGUAUAGCUCAACCCCCAGGAUAUCAGGGGGUGACAGUUCCAACACCAGCUCAGGAUCAAGCUCCGUUUCCAAAAUCACCCCGCAUCACAUUUCAACCUUUUGAUCUGGCACUUACAAUAACUCCACAGCCCAUUACAGAGGCUGAACUUGCCACAAAUGUGCAGGAGACUCCACCUAAAGAAUCUGUAGCUCAGCCACCAGUGCAUCAUGAGGGUCAAAAUCAACCUCCACUAUCACCCAGUGUCACAAAUCAACCUUUAGACCUGGCACUUACCAUUACUACAGAACCUACUACAGAGGCUGAGCAUCCUGCAGACCUGAGCAAGACUACAGCUCCAUCUCCAAACCUGACUCCAGUCACAACUCAACAUCUGGACCUGGGACUUACCAUAACUCCAGAAACCAGCAGUAUGGUGACUGAACCCUCUACAGACAUGCAGGAGACCUCCAGUCAACCUCCCAUGGAGGGUGUAACCCAAUCUCCAAUACAUCAAGAGGUGACAGUUCCAACACUGGGUCAUAAUCAAGCUCAAUAUCCAACAUUGCCUCACAUCACAGUUCAGCCUUUGGACACAGUGCUUACCAUAAAUGCAAAGCGUACCAGGAAGGCUGAACAUUCUACAGCCCUGAAGAAGACUAAAGUACCUCCCGUGCUCCAUGAGGAGGUACUUUCACAACCAGACCAGGUUCAGGCUCAGCAUCCAACCCUGACAGAAGUCACAGUUCAACCUUUUGAUGUAGAACUUACCCUAACUCCAGAAUCCAUUGUGGAGGGUGAACCACUCCCAACCAUGCAGGAGACUUCAGGGCAGCCUCCAGGGCCACAUAAUGAAGUGGUCUAUCAGCCUCCAGUUUAUUAUGAGAUGGUAGUUCCAAAACCAAGUCAAGAUCAAACUCCGCAUCCAAUGUCACCCAGUGGCACAGCUGAACCUUCGAAGUUAGAGUCAACCAUAACUCAGGUACCCACUACACAGGAUGAACAUUCUACAGCCUUCAAGUCUAUAUCUCCUCCUCCUUAUCCAAUGUACCCUGAGGUGACAUUUUCACCUCCAGUCCAGAUUCAGACUCAGUAUACAAACCUGCCUCAAGUCACAGUCAAGCCUCUGGACCUGGAAAUUACCCAAACUCCACAACGUACUACAGAGGCUACACCUUCUACUACCAUGCAAAUGACCCUAACUCAGUCUACAGAGCCACUAAAGGAGCUCAUAACUCAGUCCCCAGGGGACAAUGAGAUGACAGUUCCAACAGCAGGUCAGCAUCAAGCUCAGCACCCAACAUCACCCAGUGUCAUAGCUCAGCCUUCCAAGAUGGAGCUAACCAUAACUCUGGUACCCACUGCAAAAGCUGGCCAUUCUCCAUCCCUGAAGAAGACUACAGAUCUACAUCCAGGCCAGGUUCAGACUCAGCACUCAACCCUAACUGAAGUCACAGAUCAACCCCUGAAUGCGGCUGCCACCAUAAAUGUCUGUGAGCUCUGCACCUGCAAAGAUGAGACACUUUCGUGCACUGGCCUCAGCCCAGUGCAGAAGCUUCACAGAGUUCCUGUACCAGAGCCCAACAGCUACAAUGGCACCUUCAGCAUAUUAAAUUUCCAAGGAAACUCGAUUUCUUUCAUUGAUGAAAAUGUAUGGAAAGCAUACCGCUGGGCUGAGACACUAAUCCUCAGUGAAAAUGACUUGACUGAAUUACAUAAGGACUCAUUUGAAGGCCUGCUGUCCCUCCAACACUUAGAUUUAUCCUGCAAUAAAAUAGAGUUUAUCGAAAGACGUGCAUUUGAGUCACUCCCUUUUUUGCAGUCUAUAAAUCUUGGUUGCAAUUUACUGACAGAACUGAGCUUUGGGACAUUUCAGGCGUGGCAUGGAAUGCAGUUUUUGCACAAUGUAAAUCUCAAUCGUAAUCCUCUGAAAAACGUUGAAGAUUCGUAUCUUUUUAAACUGCCAGCAUUAAAAUAUCUGAUCUUACCCAGCCAUAUGGCCUGCUGCCUCUGCCAAUUUAAACAUACUAUCGAGGUUGUCUGCAACACCGUCAAGCUUCACUGUGACAAUGAAUGCCUGCCAAAUACGACACAUUGCCUUGAAGAAGCAUCUAUAGGGAACCCAAAGGGGGCAUUCAUGAAGAUAUUGCAAGCCCGGAAGAACAACACCAGCAAGCAGCUGACUAUUGAGCCAGGGAACCCAGUAUCAGAGAGAAACAGUGUGGACUUCCCAGGCCAUAUGAGUGAACAGCGGGACUUCAACAAUGAAAGUGACAUUAUUAGUGCACUGAAUUACAUAUUGCCUUAUUUCUCAGAGGAAAUUCUACAAAAUGUAGAAUCAACAUUAUUACCAUUCAUUACACUGCUUUUUUCAAAUGUGCAAGAUAGAGAUAAGUCCCUGAGCUACGUGAAAACCCACAUAAGGAGGCCCUCUCAUCCUUACAGAAAUAAGUUGAGAAAGCUCUAUUUUCUGGAGAAUUUGUUAGAUGAAGAAAUUCAAGAAAAAAUCGAUGAGGUUAAGAAGGAAGAAAAGGCCAUGCUUAUGCAGCCUAUCCUGUUAGGUCCUCAAUUUAACCCUCAAAUCCUCCAAAAGAAAUCAGAAACUGCCCCGUCACAGGAGAACAGCCUGGCAACCAUGCCAAGUGUGGGGUACAGGCUGCAGAGAGUGAAAAAAGUCAUCAAGGGGCCAAAGGGCUUACGGGAAAGGCACCUCCAGGAGAUGAGGAAGAGCCUCGGGAGGAGACGGGGCACCUGGCCCUUUGCGGAGAGCAUUGGGGGAAGAAGGCUUGGGAGAGCAGGCUCCAGGGAGCUGAAGGAGCUUCAAGUGGCUCAGAGGCCCAGGCAGGUGGCCGGAAACUCCUUGCACACGGAGCCCUUGCUCACAAAGGAACGUGAGGCUGCAGCCUCCUCUUUCCUGAAGAAACACAUCCUGGGCAGGCCUUCUACCUCCCCUGCAAAAUCUCUCUCUGAGAUCAACAACAAAGGAAAAGACUUAACCUACACCAUUUUUGUCUUAGAAGAUGCCAAUGCUAGAGCUAAAAAUAAGGCGGCAGGGAAACCAAUCUGGCAUUCCAGACAAAAUUACCGCUUUCACAAAACUCGCUCUCACCUGGUCCUCCGAACCCCCAAGGCCAAACUGAGUCGGAAGUUCAGAAGGAAAAAUUCCCUCAACAGGCUGACGGCUGGGAAGAGGCCUCCGUUCCCUGCACUGCGGAGUCUCAUAAACUCCCCCUCCGGAGAGGCUUUCUCAUCCCCUGGAGGCCUGCAUUCUCAGGGGAGUCCUCCUCUGAGAGAACCUUCUAUAGAAGACACUAGGGAGGAAAACCAUUCCGGAGGUCGUGUUUUUGAAGAAAACGUUUUGCCAGAAAACACCACUGCACAUGAAGAAACGCUCCCUGGCGACAAAAUGCACACAGAUCCUUCAGCUACAGAUUCUGCUGGGACCGAGUUCGACCUAAUGCCGACUGUGGACCAAACCAAGGAAACACAGUGGGAAUACCCCAGCGAGGGCACUGAAGCCCCCACCACGCCCGCAGGCUUCACCUACCCCGUGAUGCUGUCCCAGGGGCAACAGUUUGAAAUUCAGCUGAAUCAGCAGCUACAGUCCCUCAUCCCCAACACGGACAUGAAAAAGCUCAUUUCUCACGUCAUCCGCACUCUGAAAAUGGACUGCUCUGAGGCCCAGGUGCAACUGCCCUGUGCCAAGCUCACCUCCAAAACAGGCAUCCUGAUGAAGCUCCUCAGUGAGCAGCAGGAAGAAAAGAUAGCCAAGGAAGAAUGGGACGCAGAGCAGUGGAGGACCGAGACCUAUAUCAAUGAGAGUACAGAAGCCCCGAGUGGACAGAAAGAGCAGGAGUCGAGUAAGGUGAGGACAGGAGACCUGCACUUUCCCAUCACUUAGGAGACCCCACGCGGGAAGACCAGGGGCUCCCAGUCCAGAUCCCUUGGCUCUCUGAGCCCUGGUCUUCCCACUCCUUGAAUGUCCCACCUGAAUCGCCUGACUCGCUCACACCCAUGGCAGACCCUGGCGGCUUUGAUGACCUGGGGUCUUCUGCUCCCUCCCGGGUGCUGACCUCGCCUCAAGAGUCCACUGUGAGUUUGCUUCCUUUUUCUGGAACUGCCCCCAGAGCCAGAACAGC